GGACCAAAAUCCAUUAAAAAGAAAAAUUCAAAAACCCAAAAACAAGAAACUUGAAUUCCGACCCAACCGGUCAUCCCGAGGUCAAAACCCGAAACCCCUCUCGCUAAGAAACCAAAAGAAGAGGAAGAAAUCGAGCCGGAAGCAGCUUAUAUUUCCCACCUUCUCUUCUUCUGUCCGGCGUUCCAGGCUGCCGCCACCGGGAAUCCAAGCAUGGAAGAGAACAAAGUUAGCUUAUCGAAACCGGUAGCGAUGAUUGCCUGCAUCGCUAUGACAUUAUUUUACGUCGCGAUUCUUUAUGCUCCUACUCUGAUCCUUCGCCUCCCGCCUCCCCAAUCUUUCAAAAAUUUCAUGAUCAGACGGUUCAUUUGCGCCGCCAUCUCGUCGUUCGCGUCCGUAAUCUUCUGCGCUCUCGUCCUCCCAAUAAGGAGUGGGGAGGCUUCGUAUUUGUUUGGGGUUUAUGGCAUUCGAUCGGAUCAUAUUUGGCAAGCAGUGCUCUUUCCUCUUUUCUUGACUAAUCUUAUGUAUGCUGGAUCUUUGAUGCUCAAGUCCAUUUUAUUGGUGAAUAAAUGGAAGGAGCAUAGGAAUCAAGACGGAAGGCCAUUGUUGUGUUCUAUCAAAAGUACCCUCCUUAGCUUCUCUGACCAGAUGUCAUCUGUUGCUUCCAAUGUUUUAUUCUGGAGGAAUUUGGUUGUGGCACCAUUAACGGAGGAGUUGGUGUUUAGAGCAUGUAUGAUUCCUUUACUUCUUUGUGGGGGAUUUAAAGCGUACAAUGUGAUUUUUCUCUGCCCUACUUUCUUCAGUUUAGCACAUUUGAACCAUAUGAUGGAGAUCUACGGCCGGCAUAAUUAUAGCUUGGUUAAAGCCUCCAUGGUUGUAGGUCUCCAGCUGGGCUACACUGUGAUCUUUGGUUCAUAUGCUUCAUUUCUCUUCGUUCGAACAGGAAACCUUAUUGCUCCUUUAGUUGCCCAUGCAUUUUGCAACUAUAUGGGAUUGCCUGUGCUGUUUGUACCGAGGAAAGGGAUAGUUAGCGUGGCAUUUGUAGCUGGAAUGAUAUCCUUCGCGUUGCUUCUGUUUCCUAUAACACGGCCUGAUUUAUACAAUGACAGAACAAAUAAUUGCAGAUGUUGGCAAGGAUAUUGUUCAUGGAAUUAAACUAAUGACAUCUAUGGGAAAAAUAUUGCUGUUACAUUGACUAGUGCUUCAUCUGGAUGGGCGGUGGGGAUCCACCGGAGCUGUUAUUUUGCCGCUGAGCCCCAUCCACACGAAGCAUAUAGAUGGAAUGUUCUAAGCGAAUGAAGAAAGGAAUGAAUAGCAACUGAUGUUUCAUUUCUCCAUGCCUUGUACUAUUUUGGCCUGGGUGUUUGACCUGGGCUAUUCAGCUGUUGUAAACUGAGGGGAAAUUGAAUUAAAACUUAUUUUAUUUAUCCUGGUCUCAGACUCAUACGUUUCUAAUUGAAUUUAUAUAAUUCAAUUUGCGAUUCUAAAUUUCCUAACUAAACAACUACAAUGGUUGGUUUUUUUUUUUUUCUUUUGUUACUUCAAUUUAAAGGCUGGAUGAUUUAGAUCAAGGAAGCAGCUAUAUUAUAGUUGUAAUCAUUCACGUACCCGAGAUCGAUCCCCGGUAACGGCGAUUUUAUAUAUUUUUUUCCAUUUUGGAAAAUCAAUGUCAGAGAAGCGGAAGUCGGUGGCUUACCUAGGAAGCAAUCGGUUCCCUGCUCAUCGAAGCACCCAAACAUAGGCUUCGGAGGAACUUCUCUGUUCGAGCAAUUGCAAAGGAAUCCGGUCUUUCUGCCUCUGGUUACAUUUGCUUCUACAUAUUGAUCAGGAUCACAAUUUAGAACGUAGAUCGCUUCGCAAAGAAUUUGCUUUCUUGCUCUGGCUUUCACAAGGUACGAGAGAAUGUGUUGCUUAGUAAAUAAGGUCCAUUUUUUUGGUUUUUACUUCAGCCCAUGGUUGCCUUGGAACUCAUUUACUCAAAAGAUUGAGCCAAUGGUUGAAAACUGACUUCUUCUUUGAGACAUUAGACCUUUUCCUUCCGAUGCUUU